CAAGAAAAGACAGACGUGGGCGUUCUGUUCAUUCGGAACUGCGUUACGCCCCGAUUCAUUUUUAACUCUGUGAUUUUCUUACGUUCUAAUGAUAAAUAGGACCGCCGCGUGACUAAUCGACACAAAGAUGGCUGAACAGACCGUCUCGUAUAUCAUUUUAAGGUUCCUCGAUCCCCAUCCUGUCCUGGCUGUGUUCGAUUUUUGUUCAGAGAACAAACCGGACACUUUGGCAUUUUAAAACAGCAGAUAGAUGGCAGAGAUGUAUAUGUCGCUGAUAAAAUCUAGAAGUAAACAAGUGAAAAUCCGGGAGUAUCAUUUUCCUAAUCAAGAGGGAACGUGAUAUCUGCAGUACGCGAGCGUUAUUCCUGAUGUCAUCGGAUAGCUUGGAGAAUUUCAUCCAGCAAAAUGACCAAUUGCACCGGCUAAUGGACCCUUUCGUUCCAGGAGAUUUACUUGUUAACCACACGGCAUACCGUCAAGUACUAAAUCUCUUCCUGGACACCAACAUCGACGUCUACGCUCCAAACGCUACGGGGAACUUUCCAGUCCUCUAUUUCGCGACGGGAUUCGGAGCUAUUAUUCCCGCUGAGGCGCACACCAUUCUAUUGUCUUCGAUCGCCAGUCACGGAGUUGUUGUAGUCGCAGUUUGGAAACUUGGAAGUCCAGAGGAUUCCUUCAAUCCGGAAUGGUUCGAAGCAACUGUUGAUUUUGUGGAAAAUCGAUUGGAAAAUAGCCUUCACAAUCAGGAAGGUUAUGUUUCGGAUUUUCACGUUGAUUAUCUUCAUUCGUUCAUCAGCGGCCAUUCAGGUGGCUCCCAUGUCGCUGUGUCGCAAUUGCAGACAAAUUGUCUGCAUUACCAAGGCCUGAUCUUGCUUGAUGCUGUUGACGGAAAUAAUCCCAUCCCGGAAAACAUAACAAUGUACGUGAUAACACCCGGCCAAAAGGUCAAUUUCACUAUUCCUACUCUACAAAUCGUCACCGGAUUGGAUCCAGUUGUCGGCCCUUAUGGUUUAGCCUGUGCUCCGGAAGAACUCAGUGGCCGGCGAUUUUUCGAUGCCAUGACCGGACCCACUUGGUAUGUUAACGCAACUGCUUACGGUCAUGCUGAUUUGAUGGAUCCAAUUUACGUCGAACUAAACGAGGUUACUCAGUUUUGCCCGAGUGAUCCUAACGUUCCCAAAGAGGAAUAUAUUCAAUUUCUCACCGGGGAAAUCAUUUCUUUCAUGAACGGAGUGCUGGAACCUGUUGGCAACUGUGCCUUGUUUGAUUACUUAGAGACAAGUGGACUUGUCGGCAUUAAUACCGAAAACGAUUACGUCUCGAACGGAUGGGAUAGGUGCACGCCACUCCAGUGUGUCCUGACUCCCAGUUCCUAUUCUUUUUUCUCAUCCUUCCUAUAACUUUGAAUUUUCCACUUCUCCUAGCAAAAUUAUUUAAGGACGUCUAUUCGUGAUUGGAAAAAAUAAUAAUAAUUCUAUUCUUGGUAAUAA